CUCGUCGCGGUAGUCCAUGGAAUAGGCGAUCGUGUCGAUCAUCACCGCGCGAAAGGUACGGAAUGGAGGACGGUGUUUCGUCGUAGUCGGAGGAAAACUUAGCGAGUUUUCCGCGGCUUCGUCUGGUCAGUUUGUACGCGUUACCCGCCCCCAGCGUUUUUAGGUUAGGUCGGAAGUCAAUCAGCUGACACCUAUCGCGUGGAUCGUUGUGGAUGCUCGGGUCGAGAGAGAGGACGCUUCGCGCGUGUAUUGUUCCAUCGUCGAAAUCUCCCAACGCCGGUUACGUAAUACGUGCAAUAAAGAAAGUCGUUUUGCUAUCUAGUGUAAAAGUCGCUUCUUGAAAACAAUCGACUUGGAACCAGAUGACGUCCGACUGACAUCAUCAGUUGGGUUAUUGUACAUACGAAAUGGUGCCGGGUUUCGUAAAGUUGAAAAAACUGGCGAAAAUGGCGAAAUUCAAAGAAAAUUUUUUUUUAUCGCAAUAACUCCGAAACUAUUCGACAUAUCGGAAGGUUUUUUUUUUUACUUGAAGAGCAUCCAUCCAGAUUUUUUGUUUUCCAUUUUUUCCAGACCUCGGAUUUGAAAAUGAAACGGAAUUUGUGUAAGCGAGAAACUUUUUUAAGAGGAGGUUUUUCAUUCUGUAUGCCGCAAAUGAAAUGAAAAAUGAAAAAAAAAAUAACGCAAUCUUUUAUCCGCAUGGUAUUCGAAAUUUGACACUGUCAGGUAAAAACGGCAAAUUGGGCAGUUGUUUUAAUAUCUCACAGGCCUAAUUCGACUAUAAUAACGAUCGAUUAUCGAUCAUCUUUAUCUAUCCCACCAUAGAAAUUAAUAGGAUUUUCUAUUGGCAGUUACGUCAAAUAAGUGUAUUGCAUUUGUGAUCGCCAUUUAAUAUUCUUUUUAAAGAUAUGUGUCAAUUCCUGAAUGGGUACCCUACCAUCAAUAAUAUAAGAAUGACCGUGCCUUCAAUUCAUCUUGAUAACAUUUUAAUUGGCUGUAAUUUUUUCAAAACUUCUGGAUUCCUCCUGCGCCGGUUUUUGCUGAGUCGAACUUGCUGACGUUUCGCUAAUCAUCCUGUUGGCUUCUUCAGAGCUUGACCGAAACUGCCUCGCAUUUUACUCUGUACCUGUCUCGGAUGACUGACUCCCAUAUUGGUGACAGGUUGAGACCUGAGUCGUGGCAAAGACGUAGAAUCCCUCUUUCCUAUUCCUGAAACUCUCGACAACAUUUCAGAUAUAUUAAAGUCGGAGAAUCUGAAACCGUACCUUCUCACAAUAAUUAAAAAAUGCUUGUCUAGAACAUAUUUUUCUUAUAACGGUCAAAUUUUUGAACAAAUGCCUGGAACAGCUACGGGUUCUCCACUAUCACCAGUCAUCGUCAGUCAACGACGGCCAUUAAGCCCGAACAAAAACAUUUACGGUUCAAACGCUGGCCGGGAAAGUCUUAAUCACUUUAAUAUUUUUAAAUAUUUCAUUUCUUAAUGUUUUCCGUCUUCAACUUUGCAAUUUCGCAGAACCUCCACAAUUUCUUCCAUGUCAUUGCCUUCAUCAGCUGCCCUGGCUGGCAGAAGUUUCCACAAUCCAAACCUUCAAAGCUAUAGCUUCAUCGGGUAAAACCAUAUAGCUAUAAGAUAAUAUAGUGGCCCUACUACAGUGAAAAGUGAUGCGCCGCAGGUGGCUAUGGCAUUUUCGUAGAGAACCAACUAACCACUUUGUCACAUUGCCGUAAUUUUUCUGAAAAAAUUGACUAAUUUUCAUAAGAACGCAAAAUCAGUCCCUGAAAUCCGAAUAUAAUUGGCAACGCCGAGCAAGGAAUUGCUAUUGCCAGAGAAUACGAACAGUCUGUGACAUUGUUGUUUACAUGUUUGGUGGUUAUGAUUCUCUCUUUUUGGUUAUUUACGUUAGAAUCCAAAUUGCAGUAAAAUGUAUCUAAAUUAUUCCGUGAAUUGGUAGCCCGGCAGACACAAUGCAAUUUCUACAUGUAUUUUUAGCAUUUACACAUACACUUUUUAGGGUUUGGCAAUGGUAAUUCUGUUACAUUUAGGGCUAAUUUUUUAUUGAAUUGUUUUAUAAUAGUUUUUAAUUUUCUUGGUUAUAUUUUGCAAUACCUUUUUAACUAAAUUGUCCAUUGGUACCUUUCAUAAUUAUAUAUUUGGGAGGCCUUUUUGAACAUUUUUUCCACUUAGAGGUUUCCAGUGCGAUAUCUAGUACCUCCAAAGUUAUAUUUACACUUUUAGAGUCACAUUUCGCAAAUUCGACUUUAUUUACAUUUUGAUUGGAGGUUAAACCAAUAAGUUUAUAAAAAUAAACUGUUUGCGCCGAUUUACGCACCCAAAUUCGGGAAAAAAUAGUUGGUAUCGUGUAUAUAGGGCUUAAAGAACCAAAACGCCAAACUACUUACAGAAUUAUGUUAAAGACGCCGAUCCGAAUUUUUUUAACCACGCUUUUCACACCUUUUUUGCCUAAAAAUUUAAUAGGAUUUCGGCCAUGUUGGUUGUUGUACGUGAGAAUUUGUAAUUAGAGCUGCCAUUGGUUAAAAACGAAAUUUCAAAUCUCGCGCAUGCGCAUAUUGAACAGACCUUCUCAAAAUGUUGUUACAUAGUUGCUUCACGAGUUCCUGUGCUAUUAGCAUAGGCAGGGCCUCUAUGUGUCUAGUAGCUAUAUGGGUAAAACAUUUCCAUUAUCACAGAAAUGAUGCAGCCUUUAUCUAUGAUUAGAUUAGGCGUAGCUCGUUGCCUGUGGUUUGCUAUUAAGAUUACACGUCUUUUAUAAACCUUGCAAUCUUCUCCCGCCCCUGAUUUUCCCCGAAACUGCGCGUUUUUCAAAAAACAAUGAGAUAAAAAUGAAACUGGAAUUGUUGCCGCGUUUUUUCGGAAACCUUCCGACUGUUUUUUUUUCUGUGGCCGCUAAGAAGUGCAAAUUUUUUUAUUUAUUUAAAUAUUUUCGCUUCCGAUUAUUAUCGACGAUUGGAAGAACGCCGCCGGGCAGCAAACAACGAAACGAAAUUCUAAUUUUAACCGCCGUCGCCGUUAAAUAUUCAAUAACCGACCUUGGACGGGUCUUCAAAACUCUACUCGAUUACCAUUUUAUUUUCGUUUUCCCGAUCAUAGUCAAUUUGUACGUCCUUCGCGGCGUACACGUACGUUUUUAUCGUUUAAAAAGAAUGAUCGAUGGUUUCAAUGCGCGUCGAAACGUUUUAUACAGUACAGGGUGUCCGGUAUAAGAUGUGUAAGAGAUACGGCGUCGCUUAAACGGAAGAAAGAAAUAAUAUAACUAUAUAUAAUAUACAGUGUGUCCACUUAAGAACUGCACACCCUCGUGAAAUCUUUGUGGUUCGUUUUUGAUAACUUUUGUUGUGGGACAGAUCUGUCGAAAACGUACUAAACUCUUAUUACGUCAACCCAGAGUCAUGGCUAACCAGGACUAAUUUUUGAUAACAAAUAUCUAGAAGAGCUAUUAGGGAUUUCUUUGGAAAUAAAGUGUUAAUUUUUUAUUUUUUAGAAAAUGAAGAACUUCACGAAAAUUACGUUUUAUGUCGUCCUGAUCCUUUAUUGUUAAAGAAAUCCCUAAUAGCUAUUCUCAAUAUUUGACAUCAAAAGUCAAUCCCAGUUGGCCAUGAUGUAAAAAGAAACAUAAGAUUUUAGUGCUUUUUUCAGAGAUCUAUCCAACGGAAAAAUAAUUUAUCAAAAUCUAAAAAUUUAAUAAUAAUAGGAUACGGCGACGCAAAAAAUGGCGUCAAAAAACUUUAGGCCCACUAUCGAAGUCCACUUCUGUUUCUCUUUUGGGCGCCAUAUUGAAUUUCUACAUUUUCAAAUUCCCUGUUGAAAAUACGUUUCGACCAUAUUUACUAAUCAGUAACGUUUUUUUUAUUAAAUAUUUUUUAAUAAAUAAUUAUAAUUGUUAUAUAUAACAUUAUAAAUAGGGGAGACUGGGGCCCGUCGGCCAGAAGCUUCGCCAAAAUUUGAGUAAAUUUAUUUAAAGUUUGUCCAAAAUAAAUGGACUUGAUGGUUAAAACCCACAAAAAAUAAUAAAAAGCUCCCCUAUGCAAUUGUGUCAAUUAUUUUUUAAUUUAUUGCUUAAAAAUUAUAAAUAAAAAAUAUUCUUAAAAAAUUAUGCAUUUUGGAUACCUACUGCUAAAAGCAAUAUCGACAAAACAUCUACUGCUCACUACUUCAAAUUAAAAAAUGGUAAGAAAAAACAGUUUUAAAGUACAAAAUGCACAAAAUAACAUUAUAAUUAAAUAAUUGAAAUAAAAUAGCAAAAGAAAUAUUUUUCUAACUAAUAAUUGAAUUCAAAUUUCAAACACAAUCGCCAAUCAAAUUUAAAAAUAGAAAAUGUAAAAAAAAAACAGUUUUUAAAAAUGCAAAAGAUAACUCGCCAAAGAUAAAAACAGUAAGAAAAAGUACCUACCUGCUCAAAGUAACUUGAAUAUUAAUUAUUAAUAAUAAAAAUUAAUUGAAAUAAAAUAGUAAAACUUCUAAUAAUUUAAAUCAAACAUCUCACAGCAUCGCCUUUACCCACAUUUUCUAUUUAAAUGUUAUGUAAAAAUAUAAUCUAUUUUUUAAAUUUUGUAAAGGUGCAGCAAAGACGUUAGAAAGAGGUGCCACCUGAUCCGCUUUGCCUAUUUAAAAUUGUAAUGUUAAAAAAAUGGGUCCCACCUGCAUACAAAAUCAACGCGUUUCAGCGUUUUUUGUUAUUCCAAAUACAUUUAUAAUUUCCACCCUGUAUAUAUAUCGCUUUUCCUUCAUUCGCGUCGUUCGUCUGCCGUAGACAUUAUGCUCCAUCCUGUAGGUUCGCGAAUAUAAAUAAUAAUACGUUUUAAUGGCACCGUUAUUUAAUGCUAAUAUAUUAAGGUUUUAAGAGGUUCCAGAGAUCCCGGACAUUCCUACCCACUUUGCGAGCAAACUUGCAGCGGCCGUAAAUAUAAAUAAAUCAUGCGCCAUUAAUAUGAUUCCAUGUCGGCCGAUGAUUCAUCUACUGCAAUAAACGUUUUUUUUUUCUUUCGGGGAAACUACAUUUUCCGCAAAUAAAAUCCUUAACGAAGCAGUAAAUUAACUUUUCGAAGCUAUUUAUUAUUAAGCGCGUCGAACCGUAAACAUACAACAUAAUUCUAUUAUGGAUGUUAUUAUAACGUUGUAUAUUAUUCGAAUUUUACAGCGGCCGUUAUUUUGCGAUAUUUCCUCGUUAAAUAAAGAAGAAUAAACGGAAAAAUAUGUUCUAAAAUCAAAGUCAAUCCAGAGACUUUUCUCGGACAACAAACAAUAUUAUGCAAGAAACAUUUAAAAAACAAAAAAAAUGUUAACAAUCUGAGAAAACCGAAAAAUACAUUUAAGUUAAACUUAAAUAAAAAUAAAUUCCUAAACUUGACAAUUAGACUAGUACUAAGCAAAGCAAAAAAAAGGAAAAAAUGUGUAAAAUUAAACUUAAGCAAAAUAAAAAAAACAAAAAAGGAAAGAAAUUCGGAUUUUAUCUUAAAUAAUAAAGAACAUUUUUAUUAAGUUGAAUAUUUAAAAUAUAUUAAUAAAGUAACUUAAAAACAACUUACAAUUGAAAAAUAAAAUGAAAAAUAAAUCAUUAUGUAAGGCGACUAUGAAAUGAAAAGGGACGUAAUAUAUAAAAAAAACAUUCUUUAGUGUUGGGGCUAGUCAUUUGACCGGUCAACUGAUAACAUCUUAAUUGAAUACUCAAAUAAACAUAUACACAAUUGUGUUGAGUUAAACUUGAAUAAAAAUAAAUCACUUACCGUGACUGUUAGAUUAAGUAACAAAAAAAAAGAAUUUCGCAUUUUAUAUUAAAUAUUAAACAACAUUUUUAUUAAUUUAAAUAUUUAAAAUAUAAACAAAAAAUAAAUCUCAUUUGAUAAUAUAUAAUUUUUUUUAUAAUAUACAAUAAUUUACUGUUGAAAAAUAAAUCCUUGUGAAAGACGAGUACGAAAUGAGAAAGAACGUAAUAUGUAAAAAAUGAAAGAAAAAACGUCGACAAAUAAAAGACGGACAAAGCAGACAAAUGAAUAUAGUAGCAGGCAGUUUGUAAAUAUUACAUUUGUUAAAGACACGGUGUCGUCGAAACAAUUGCCAUGUCAAAAUAUAUAAUUUCGUGAAAAUAUGAACUUUUAGUUCUUAUUUAUUUUAAUAAAUGGAUUUUCAUCAAGUAAAAGCCUCCUCAGUUCAAAAAUAAAAAACGCUGAAUCAUAGAAAUAAAUUAGGUAAAGCUGUGACAAAUGUAGAAAGAGAUUUUCCUUUAUUUCGUACUCGUAAUCUUUCGCUUUUCUUUGCAAAGAAGGUAGAGUUAAUAGGUUGACACCACCAGGCUUGACAGAGCAAGCUUGACGGCUUUUCUUGAAAGAAUUUGGUUUCAUAAUAUUGUGUUUAUUAAAGUUCAACGUAUCACUUACAUUAUUACUGUAGAUAAAGUGCAACGCUAACAUUCCCCUUGGAAAAGCUGCUGCAUCUGGAAAACUAGAGAAAAUUUUCUGUGUAGUUUUCACUAUCAUUUCCAGAACCGACCAAGUUUGAUCGACUUUUUAGAAUAUUUUCUUGAAUAAAACUUGUAAUUAUUUUGAAGUUGAAAUUAUCACUUUUCACGUAGCCUUGGUUAUUUUACCUUCUUAAUUCUUACUUCGUUAAAUGGGUAAUUUUAAGUGUAAGCCAUUAUCGCACUCAAAUCGAAUAAAAUUUAACAUUAAAUGAGACUAGUUACACUAAAUUUAGAAUGCGUAGUGUGAUGCCAGAUGCUCGGACAUUUCAGACUUCUGGGAAGUGACGGUGCCAAAUUAAAAAUACGUUUCAAAUGCACGCCAAGCGCCGUGCAGUUUGGCAGCUUCUCGAUUGGGGUCAGCCAUACGCGAUUCGUGUACGGGACGACUUUCGUUUAGUAAUUAAUUUAUUAAAACAGCACUCAGAUGUGAGCAAAAGACAAAAUUUGAAUUUGACAACAUUUUUUAGAAAUUUUACUGUUUCACAGAGUUCAGGUGUGACGCUGUCCCAUCUUUCUUGCAAUUCAGCAGCUGGUCGUAGUUCAUUUUGUCAAGAUACAAUCUCGGUAUUGGCUGCUUUCUGAGCCUACAUUAAACCAUAUUAUCCUAAGAAUAAAAAAAUACAUUUUUGCUCUGAAAUUAUUUAUUGUGUUGCACUUAAGAAUACAUUACAUGUGUCAAAAAAAAAAACGAAACAUACAAAAAAAUACUGGUGCGUAAACGAACCACUGGGAAAAAACAUUAAAUAAUGUUUGGGGGCUCAUAAGAUGUAAUUUAUACAUCAAUAUACAAAAGAAAGUUCAAAUUCGACAGAAAACAACUAAAAGUAGAUUGUUUUCCAAAUAAAACCCGAUUUGAUACAAAAAAAAAACGCAUAAUAUUUUAUGAUGCGUGAGCGCACCACUGGUAAAACCCGAUUUCAUUUUUGGUGAUAUUUUACAAAGCAUGAAGUAUAUAAAUGCACAUUACACUUAUUACAAACGUAAACUGAACUGAGCUGGCUUUUACUUGUUGAAAAUCCAUUUAUCAAAACAAAUAAAAACUGAAAGUUGAGAUUUUUCACGAAAUUAUAUAUUUUUACAGGACAAUUGUUUCGACAACACACUUCAUCUAUGGCAGGUGCAAGAUUUCUUUAAGUAAUUGUUUUAUCAGUUUUUAUCAGUUUACCUGGGAAAUCUUUUGUUCAAAAAUAAAUAAAAAUAAAGGCUACCACCAUGGCACCUGUAAUUAGCAAUUCCGUUGUUAUGUAAAUCUAGCCCACCCAUAUAUCUAUUGUAUUGGGCAAUUACAUAAGGUUGGGGUAUAUUUACAUCUUUCCGUUCUUUUCUAUUAUAGCGUUUUACAUUUUGGACUCGGAAUUUAUAAACAAAUCAAUAACGACAUCUUUUUAAACUUACGUAAAAUGUUAUGUUAAGUUCUAGAUAAGAGUUGAUUUAUUACAAGGGCCAUUUUAAGAUGCAUUAUUUUUCUCAGUGUGUCUGAAAUAUCUGUAAUGUUCGAUGCAAAGUCUUUAUCCGUGUGUUUAAUUAGUCACUCGAUACAUAGUUUUCGCCGCCACUUUCGAUUACUUUUAGCGGAUUUGACGUAUUAACAAUAAAUUUCCCUCAAUCCACUAGAUUUUUUUUAGUUUCAACGGAAGUUAUAUCGAAAAUUCGAUAAACCGAAUGGUGACUACGAUCAAAAUCGGUAGCGAUAACGUCAACGAUUUCAUUUAUCUAUGUGUCAAUGGAGCGAUCGUUACGAAUCGGGAAUUUUUCAAUUUGUCCAUCGUGCAGGUUCAUCCGUUGGUCCAAUAUGUCGUCGCGUAGUCAAACGUCUCGCGAUAAAAGGUGACUUUCGGUGCGGGGUUUAUAUGCCCUUCCUUGUCGUGCUCGCGGUACCGUCGUCAUGUCACUUACGUGCCGGGUGCAGUACCUGAACGACAUCGAUCCGUUUUCAUAUUCGACGAAUUUUCCCGAUCCCCCGAGGCCGCCCCUUUACACGUUCAGCGUCACUUUACCGCUGAUCAAUCAACUGGUCGCCGUACACCGACUGCUGAGGGCGCCACACAGGUUGGACGAUGCGGCGCUGCAGCUUUACAAAGACGGAGACUACGGCUCUUACCUUGACCUCGAGGCCUCCAUUAGCGAGCAGCAGGAAGAAUUUGAGGGCUUUCAGUCAAACAAGAAGAAUUCCAUAGUACUGCGCACUCAGCUAUCGGUGAGGGUGCACACGAUUAUUGAGAAACUGCUGACAUCAGAAGGAAGGGAGCUGAGGAGGGCGCUCUUCUCGCUGAAGCAAAUCUUCCAGGAGGACAAGGACCUAGUCCACGAAUUCGUCCAGAACGACGGCUUGUCCUGCCUGAUCAAGGUCGGCUCGGAGGCGGAUCAGAAUUACCAAAACUACAUACUCAGAGCUUUGGGACAGGUGAUGCUCUACGUAGACGGCAUGAACGGCGUUAUGGAACACAAUCAGACGAUCCAGUGGCUGUACAGUUUGAUCUCGUCGAAAUUCAGGCUGGUGGUGAAGACCGCCCUCAAGCUGCUGUUGGUGUUCGUCGAGUACACCGAAUCGAACUGCGACCUGCUAGUGAAGGCGAUCCGCGCCGUCGACUACUCGCAAGGGUUGCUCCCCUACCACAACGUGAUGAAACUGCUGAAGGAUUUCGAUUCGGCAGAUACCGAGCUUUUGAUAUACGCCACCACGUUGAUUAAUAAGGUACUGAGCGGCGUACCUGACCAGGACACGUACUACGAUCAGGUGGACGCGUUGGAAGAGCAGGGCAUGGAGGCGAUCAUCCAAAGGUACAUGUCGAAGCCUGGCACGGACCUGGACUUGCUGCAGCAGUUCCAAAUCUACGAGGCCGUCCUCCAAUACGAGGACGGUGACGACAAAGGGGUCGGCACUCCGAGGCACCUGGACGAGACCAUACGCAAAACGCUGCGGAGUAGAAAAUCGACGAUGGAAACGAACGAGCGUAGGAAAAGCAGACGUCAUUCGACCGGGACGACGCCAUCUUACGGCGGCCUGAGAAACAACAACCGUUUGAUCCUGGAUAGUAACACGGAACGGUACGACGAAUCGUCCAGCUCGCAGUCUUCGGGAGUCAACGAUUCCCAAUUGAACGGGAGCUACAAGGAUGGCAAUAAAGCUAACGAUGUCGGUGUGACGCCUGCGCUGAAAAGGCGACGCGAGCGAGCCGAAAGGCAGAGGAGUUUUAUGCGGGAGCAGCAGGAAAGCGCCACGUUGCUCAAAGGAUCGUCCAAGGAAGACAAUGAAAAUAGUGUAAACGGUAAUUACAACAACGGAUUGCAGCAGAGAAGCAGGAACUCCAGCAGGAAAGACCUGACGCCGUACCUGAACGCCGUCAACAAGCUGGACUCGGAGGAGAGCUCGUGGAUAAUGAAUAUGGAGGAAUCGGACGUGGCGAACGAAAACGAACGAAAUAUGAUGAUUCAGUUGAAGAAGGAGAACACCGUAAAGGACAUCACGCAGAAGCUGGCCAAUCAGAGUAUAAUGCACAGUCCCUCGGAAGAGAACAAAGUGAAUCGGUUCGGAGAUAUGUCCGGCCUGAUAUCUAAGGCCAAAGAGGGUCUGGCCAAGUCCAAGUCGAAGGCGGACGUGCUGAAGAGUCCCACCGGUGAGAACGUGCCCAAAGUCGAAGCGAAAAAGUCGGAGAACGAGCUCAGGUGGGAGGAGUUGGUGUCCACGUUGAACAGGCCUUUGAAUUUGUGCGACAUGGACUUUACCGACCUGGUCACGGACGACGAAACGGACGUGCUUGCGCCGGCGGCGGUCGCGAACGGCGUCCCGCCGCCCCCGCCGCCCCUGCAGGGAUUCGGCAACGCGGCGCCGCCGCCGCCGCCACCUGCGGGCCGCGCCCCACCACCGCCGGCGCUCGGCGACGGUCUCUUGCCGCGGAACCGCCCCUCCGAAACGAAGAUACCGGUAAAGAAGAGCAAGAAGACGGUGAAACUGUUUUGGAAAGAGGUGCGAGACGAUCCGAUCAGCCACGCGAAGCUGAAAACUGGGUACAUAUGGGACGAACUUAGCGCCGUCUCCGUCGAUACGCAGAAGCUCGAGCAUCUGUUCGAAUCUCGUGCCAAGGACCUGAUAUCAAAGAAACAGCAGGAGCUGAACAAAAACAAGGAGAUCAUCGUCCUGGACCCGAAACGCUCCAACGCGAUCAACAUCGGCAUGACAAAGUUGCCGCCGCCGCGGUCCAUCAAAACCGCCAUCUUGAAGAUGGACUCGACCAUAAUGAACCGAGAGGGAAUCGAGAAAUUGCUGACGAUGUUACCGACAGAGGAGGAGCGAACCAAAAUACAAGAGGCACAAGCCGGCAAUCCAGAUUUGCCGUUGGGUAGCGCCGAGCAGUUCUUAUUGACGUUGGCGUCGAUUUCGGAGCUGCCUGCUCGCCUGAAGCUGUGGGCGUUCAAGCUAGACUUCGAGAACUCGGAACGGGAGAUCGCCGAACCGCUGAUGGACCUGAAGCAGGGUUUCGAGGUGUUGAAAGUAAACAAAACGUUUCGGGCAAUACUCAGCACGUUGCUCUCUAUCGGCAACUUCCUAAACGGCAACGAGGUCAAGGGGUUCCAGAUCGAGUAUCUGGCGAAGGUGCCGGAAGUCAAAGACACCGUUCACAAGCACUCGCUUCUGCACCACCUCUGCCAUAUAGUGAUGGAGAAGUUUCCGGACGCUACCGACCUUUAUUCCGAGAUCGGGCCGGUGACGCGCGCCUCCAAGGUCGACUUCGACGAACUCGCGUUGAACGUGCAAAGACUGGAGGCGGAUUGCAAAGCCUCGUGGGACCAUCUGAAGCUCAUCGCGAAACACGACGGCUCGACGAUGAUGAAGGUCAAGAUGUCCGACUUCCUGGCCGACUGCGCGGAGAGGAUCAUCUUGCUCGGCAUCGUGCAUCGGCGCAUCACCAACAGGUUUCACAAGUUCCUGCUGUGGCUGGGCGUGCCCUUCCACCAAGUAAGCGACACGAAGCCCAACGAAUUUUGCAGGGUGGUAUCGGAGUUUGCCCUCGAAUAUCGAACCACCAGGGAGAGGGUGUUGCAGCAGCUCGAGAAGAAAGCGAAUCAUCGGGAGAGAAACAAAACGCGGGGCAAAAUGAUCACGGACGUGGGCAAAUUCCGAUCGAAAGAGGACAGGGCGGACGCGGAGCUGCGCCAGCUUCUCGGCAGCGAUAUUUCCGACGUGGAAAGCUUGCAGGGGACGCUACCGUGGCGCCACCGGCGUCGCGACGGCCUCGGCAGCGGCCGAUCGUUCGGCGCCGCCAGCCCCGCAAUCACCGCCAACGGCAACCUGACCGACGGCGACGACGAAAUCCUCGAGAGUUUGGUGAAAACCGCCACCAAAGGGCCGAGGACCGCCCCUCGGGAGCGCAAGAGGACUCGACAUGCCGACAGGAAGUCGCUAAAACGAUCGAGAACACGCGAAAACAACCCCUACGGCAGUCGAGAUUCGCCUUAAACUGUAUACGUGAGGAGGACCUUAAAAAAUGGACUGUCGGAAGAGGAAAAGAAACACCUGUCGGCGUACAUCAAGGGUUACUGAUCGUCAGCGACUAGGAGAUGAUACGCGCGAUGUAUAAAAAAUUACAUUAUCGUCAUCAUCGUCGCCCAGUUCCCCCCACUCGCACUCACCGCGCCCCGCGUGAGACUGUGAUUAGUGAUGAGGGUUCGCCCACGACAUAGAUAAAGUAAUAAAGGAGAGUGUGCGACUCUAUAGUACAAAUAAGAUAAUUUUCCAUUCUAACGAUUCAUAUAAAAUAAUAUUAAUUAUAAUAUAAUAAUAAUAAAAUUCUUAAAUUUGAAGUAAAAUAAUACAUAACCUUUCCAAAUUAAACGAAAAACACAUCUCGUUUUAUAAUAAAUGUAACGAUAGACAAAUUAAAAUAUUUCUAUUAGAAAACAUUUUAAAUAAAAAAACUUUGGACAUAGCCUUCUAGGCGUUAGUAAAUACCAACCAAAUCCUUGGUUUAACCAAAAUCACACUUUUAAUAUUUUCCAAUGUUAUAGCAGCGCCUAAUCUAUAGGUAAAGUUUCCAUUGCUGAAAAUUUCCAUUUAUUGUUUUUUUUUUUAAAAACUAAGAUGGCAUUGUUUAUUUAUUAAAAAAACUUAAAAACUGAGUCAACUAAGCUUAAUGCCAUCUUCAUUUUUUUUCUGUCGGCUUCUAAACGGUUAAAAAAUAAUUAAUACUUAGUAAUAACAAUAAAAAGGAGAAAGAAUCGACGAUAUUUAAGAGGGUUUAUCUUAAGAGGCUUUAUUUCAAAACUAAACAUAUUGGGUUAUAAAAGCAAAAAAAAGUUACUUACCUUAAGUGCAUUAUGGAAAAAAAUGUUGCAAACUAUUACAGUUAAGAAAAUAUCAAAAGUGAAGUUUGAAAUUGUACACGAAACCAUUACACAGACAUUGUCCACGGAUAAAAACUUUCUCACAUUGGUUAUGUCAGAACUAUGCCACAGUUUAUACUCUCCAAUAUUAAUCUGGAACCUGAAUAAAAUGGUGAUGUCACAAAUAUAAGAAUGUUUUGUAACGUACAUAUACGAGUUCCUAAAAAAGAAAACACAAAUUCUCUCAUUAUAUUUAGCACCAUUACAGAGAAAACGUAAGGAAUAUUCCAUAUGCAUAUACCAGAGAUAUUCAUUGGUAAGUUUAACAUUUGUUGUGCGAUUGUAGCUCCCCCAUUCGCGUAGGAACUGAAACUAGAAGCGAAACGGCAAUUUCCGAUUCGCACACUCUCCUUUUAUAACUUUCCCCGUGAUCCUCGACGUCGUUAUGUGAUAAAACGAUGGCCGCUCACUCAUCGAAGUUUUAUUUAUAUGAAGUUAGCUUUAAGUUUGUCUCGAUUCGUUUUAUUUAUUUUCUACCGUUUAAGGGAUGAGGACGGCUCUCUCUCUCUCUGUAAUUUUUAUUUCCUUUUUCCCCCGUCGAGUCCCCUAGUCCUGGAUCUAACUUUUACGCGUGUCGCGGACUCUAGUUAAUUUUUUCUUUUGGAGUUUUCCCGAUUACUUUUUACGUUUACGUUAUUAUUAACUAAACCGUAUGAAUAAAUUGAAUUUGUUAUAAAAGCGUGCGGUUUUAUUUUCCGAUUGCGUUGAGAGUCAGUGCCGGCUGUAGGACUUAAAUAAUUCAAAUAACUAUUUAUUUAUAUCUUACUUUUGUCAAUAAAUUUAGAAAUUAGCACACCAAAUAACUACUCCGAUAGCUACAUUUAUUUCCGGCAUUUAAAUGCAUUUUUAUUGCUUUUUGUUAAUACAAUUAUUUACUAUCAAUUUGCAAAUUUGCAAAAGUUUUAAAUUUGGCGUUUGGCGGAAAUUUAAUUUAAUUAAAUUUAUGGGGUAAUUGUUGGC